AUGGCCGACUCCAAUGAAUCCCAGCCGGUUCUCCGGUCCACCAAGCCCGUCAGCGAGGCAUUGCUGAAUGAGAAGUGGGACCGCGCCAUCUCCUCCAUGAUCAUUCGUUCCUCGCUCGGUCUCUCCUUUGGCGUUGUCUUUUCAGUCCUUCUCUUCAAGCGGAGAGCUUGGCCCGCGUGGGUUGGUCUGGGUUUCGGAGCUGGUCGUGCCUGGGAAGAAGCCGACGCUUCCUUCCGUCGGGGUGAUUCUCCCGUUAGAGAUGCGCUGCGUAAAUAG